AUCCUUUACAGAAAAGUGUUAAAAAUAGUGUUUUUUUGGUAAUACAUAUUGUAAGAAAUCGGGGCUUUUAAGUGUUUGAAUAAAGAAAAAAAGAGCCUUUUUGUUAAAAAAAAUUAAAAAAAAAAUAAAUCAAUUUUCUUAAGUGCUGGCCUAAUAAAAAAUUUUCAUCACGGAGUCCUGGGAUUUACAUAGUAUGGACGUCAAUAUGGAUAUAUUACCAAGUGGGAAUAUUUUCAGCGAAUUGGAACGCAUCUGCACAACUGGAUAUUUUUCAUCACAGCCCUCGAUUGAGGAUCAAUGGCAACAGACCUGCUACGAGUUGGAACGUUAUUUACGCGAUGAACCCAAAUUACAGUCCUACAAGAAACUACACAGUGAAAUCGAUUCUUGGGAAAUAUUCUCAGCACCUGCUCGCAUUUUAGAGGAACUUAAGAUUAAGAAAGAAAAUUUGGACUCUAUAUCGACCACAUCAUCGGUUUCAUCACAAUGUUCGGGCAUGUCCUGGGACAGUACGGGUUCUCAGUCGUUAAGCUGUUCGGUGGUGGUUAAGAAGGAAAGACUAGAUGAUGAGGAUGACGAAGAGGCUCUCAGUUCUGAUAAUGGUGAGGAGAAAAUGAUUAUUGGUGGCUUACAUCAUCACAGUACGGAAUUAUCACAAUCUGCGUUACAACAUGUUUUAAGUACAAGCCAUAUGCUAACAACGACGACUGCUACGCCCACCACUACCACGACAACGGUUAUGCAACAGUGUCCGUUAACGGAGAAAGCCAUCAAACUCAGAGUAGUGGCGGCUAAAACAUCUACUGAUCAUCAUCAUCAUCACCAUCAUCAUAGUUUACCCACCCUAACACCGCCCUCAUCGCCUGAAUCUAUACGUACUAAUAUAUCAUCGAGUAGUUGUCAUCAGUCACAGCAGCCGCAACAUCAGCAACAUCAGCAAACGGCCCAAAUUGAUGCCAAUGAGUUGGCUGCCCUUAUACAGCAACAGCAUAAGCAGCAACAGCAGCAGCAGCAACAACAACAACAUCAACAACAUCAUCAGCAACAACGUCUUGGCCAUCAACAACAGAAUCAGCAACAAACCCAUGUGCCACCAACUACUACUGCCAUUUUACGUUUUCCCGCCGCUGUCGCUACCACAGCCACUGUAAGUCCCACUACUAGCAACACAGUUCCUCUGCUACAACAGCAGCAACAACACCAGUCACAUAAUGUACAACCAAUAACCACCACUCAACAACAGCAGCAACAACAGCAACAAAAACAGUCUCAGCCACCAGCGAGUCAUGUCAACACAGCUGUACCUCAUCAUUUGACUAUACAAACAGCUAGUGCUGCUACCAACACCGAUCCCCAGUCGGUUACAACCACCACACAUCAACUCAGCCAUACAACAAACAUUCCCCACAGCACCAUUGUACGCUUGACCACUACAAAUGGCAAACAGAGUGGCGCCAUUAGUUUGGCCCAUGUCAUACAAAUGCAAAGCAACAAUAGUGGGAAUUUAUCGGCUACCGCUGCUGCCCUACUCAAUACAGCACAGGCGGCCGCCGCGGCUGCAGCAGCUGCUGCCAAUGGCGGUAAUGUGGUGGGGAAUGCUAGUAAUCCAUUGACGUCGGCUCAGAUCACCCAGAGGGGUACUCAGCUGCAGAAUCCUCAAGUAACAACACUGACCACAAAACCUCAUCAACGUCAACAACAGCAAUUACAUGAAAAACACAGUCCUGAUGCUAAGCGCCGGAUACACAAGUGUCAAUUUUUAGGCUGCAAAAAAGUCUAUACAAAAAGUUCACACUUAAAAGCUCAUCAACGGACACAUACCGGCGAAAAACCGUAUAAAUGCUCGUGGGAAGGUUGUGAAUGGCGUUUUGCACGCAGUGAUGAAUUAACCCGUCACUAUCGCAAACAUACUGGCGCCAAACCCUUUAAAUGCCGCAACUGUGAUCGUUGUUUCUCACGUUCCGAUCACUUAGCGUUGCACAUGAAACGUCACAUGUAAAUCAAGCAAACGCCAGCCCUAGAAUAAAAGCGGUAGAGGAAAAUCUUCCAACAGAAAUUCAAAUCAAGAAAAAAAAGUCAUCUUUUUUUUCUUUUUUGAAUAAUUAAGAAAAACAGUGCAAAAUUCCUGGGAAAAAAAAGAAACUAUACUGCAAAACUCCUUACAAAAACAUAAAUUUAAAUUUAAGUUUCUUAAGCAUUUAAGAGAAUUGUAGCAUAUAGAUAUUUAAGAGAAAAAUU